GACGGAUGCAUGAGGUCUACUGAGAUUACUCUCGGCUAAAUUUUGAUCAUGCUCUAAUCUAUAGCUAUGGCCAGCAGGAAGUUUUAUCUUUGGACUAACAAAUAUGAAGCAGGUCUAUUAGAAAGCUAUGACGAUUUCCUGAAGCUUGAUCGGCCUGGCAAACACUGCUUGAAAAAGUUCAAUGAUGAAGAUGAAGCUAAAGAAGCUUUAGAGAAGCAAUUGCAAGAACUGGCUGCGAAGAACCAGGAAAAUAGAAGUUCGCAAAUAAUACAAGAAGAGCAUGAUAAUGUUCAAGAAUCGCAAAACCCCGUAGACGAUUUGACGAUGACAGAAAUUGCAGGGGAGAAGGAAGAAAUUGUCAAGGGCCAUGAUGACCGUUAUGAAAAGCUCGAAGCAGAGAUGAAUGCUCAAAAGGAGAUCAAUGGGAAGUUCGAAAAAGAAAUAACAAAAAACACCAUAGAG